CAUUAAGCACCCUCGGGGUUUGCUGUCGAUUUUGGCCAUUCUAAGCACCCGUACCGUCACUGCAUGAGCGUCCGGACGGGCCUGUCUCAGUCUGUUUAUCAAACCAAGUCCUAUUUUAUCGCACAUUCAGGACAGAGACAGAAGAAAAGGUCCAGAUGGCGGGGAGUAGACUGGAGAAGUGCGGCACGGUGUUCACAAGGGUUAGAGAUUUGAUACGCUCUGAAGUCAUAAAACCAAAGGAGAAACCCAUCUGGUAUGAUGUGUACAAGGCCUUCCCCCCAAAGAGGGACCCACUUCACGUGAAACCAAAUCCCAGACCGUCUGCUAAGAAACAGGGAGUUGUGCCUGAAAUCUUCUACAGUGAGGAUGAAAUUAGAGCGAGAUUCUAUGAGCUGUAUGGAACAGGUUCACGGCCUGUUGAUCUCUCCAAAUCAAACUUUGUUUCUACAUGUCAGCGGUUUGUGGACAAGUACACAGAGUUAAAGAACCGUAGCGUGCCGGGUAACGCUUCUCUGUUUGAGGAGACCGCGAAGACUUUACUCACAGAAGGUAUCAUCCUGAGAAGGCGAGGAGGGCCUCCUGUUUUGGCAGAGUCCAGGGAUCCAGUGCUUGAGCUGAAACUAACAGACAUGUUGGCAGAGCAACAUCCAGCUGGGACUGACACACAGAAGACAACAGAAGAUAAAUCUUAGACCGCAGCAGCUCAACAUUCAUUUGAUGAACUGUACAUUCUCUCCAUCUGACCAGCUGUUCUGCUCUUUCUGUGACAUCCAUCAGUCAUGCUCAUCUUAAUAUUUUCAAGACUGUCCAUUGCACGCUGCACCAUCAGCAGGAUGUUAUUAAAGAAUUGACAGAGCUAUA